UCAGAUGGAGCAUAAUAGAAUCUGAACAGGUUCUCUCUUAUUUUCUCUCUCUCUCGCUCCCCUCUCUCUCUGUUUGGCAAUGGGGUUUUGAAUGAAUGACAGAAAACCCAAAUCUCAGAGAGAGUUCGUAGCUAUCCAUUAAUGGCAGCUUCGGGUUUGACCUCCGAGCAAGCUUCACCGGAGGUGUUUUCAUGGCUGAAAACCCUACCCCAAGCUCCCGAGUACCAUCCUACUCUGGCCGAGUUCCAAGAUCCGAUUUCCUACAUAUUCAAGAUCGAGAAGGAGGCUUCCGAGUACGGAAUCUGCAAAAUCGUCCCUCCGGUGCCUCCCUCGGCGAAGAAGACCGUAAUUGCCAACCUAAACAAGUCCCUCGCCGCUCGCAAUGGCGGCUUUGACGCCUCGAAUCCGAAGAAUCCUCCCACAUUCACCACUCGGCAGCAGCAGAUCGGGUUUUGCCCUAGGAAACCCCGUCCGGUCCAGCGGCCGGUGUGGCAGAGCGGCGAGAAUUACACUUUCCAGCAGUUUGAGGCCAAGGCCAAGGGUUUCGAGAGGAGCUUCUUUAAGAGAUGCGCGAAGAAAGGAGCGCUCUCUCCUCUGGAAAUCGAGACGCUGUACUGGAAGGCCACCGUCGACAAGCCGUUCUCCGUGGAGUACGCCAACGACAUGCCUGGCUCGGCGUUCGUGCCGGUGAGCGCGAAGCGAAGUAGGGAGGCAGGGGAGAGCGCGACCUUGGGCGAGACCGCGUGGAAUAUGAGGGCGGUUUCUAGGGCAAAAGGUUCUCUCUUGAGGUUCAUGAAGGAGGAGAUUCCGGGGGUCACGUCGCCGAUGGUGUAUGUGGCGAUGAUGUUCAGCUGGUUCGCUUGGCAUGUGGAGGACCAUGACUUGCACAGCUUGAAUUACCUGCAUAUGGGCGCAGGGAAGACGUGGUACGGCGUGCCGAGGGAAGCCGCCGUUGCGUUCGAGGAGGUCGUCAGAGUUCACGGCUAUGGCGGAGAGAUCAAUCCUCUUGUCACUUUUUCUAUUCUUGGUGAGAAGACCACGGUGAUGUCACCUGAAGUAUUUGUUCGUGCAGGGGUUCCGUGCUGCAGGCUAGUGCAAAAUCCUGGUGAAUUUGUUGUCACUUUCCCAAGAGCCUAUCAUACUGGGUUUAGUCAUGGAUUCAAUUGCGGGGAAGCAGCUAAUAUUGCCACUCCUGAAUGGUUAAGAGUUGCUAAAGAUGCUGCUAUCCGACGAGCUUCGAUUAACUAUCCACCAAUGGUGUCUCACUUCCAGUUACUUUAUGAUCUUGCUCUUGCCUUGUGUUCAAGAAUACCUGAGAGCGUUGGUGCUGAACCACGGAGUUCUAGAUUAAAAGAUAAGAAAAAGGGUGAAGGAGAGACAGUGGUAAAAGAGUUAUUUGUCCAGAAUGUAUUACAGAAUAAUGACCUACUUCAUGUUCUUGGAAACGGGUCUCCCGUUGUACUUCUUCCUAGGAGUUCUUCAGACAUUUCUGUCUGUUCGAAAUUGCGUGUUGGUUCCCAUUUAAGGUUAAACUCCAGUUCUCCCCUUGCUUCAUGCAAUUCUAGGGAAGAAAUGAAAUCCUCAAGAAGUUUGAUUUCUGAUGAUCUGAUGAUAGACAGAAAGCAGGAGGUCGAUCAAGUGAAAGAUUUCUAUUCAGUGAAAGGAAAACUUGCUUCUUUAUGUGACAGGAGCUGGGUUCCCUCAUUACGUGGAAAUAAAAUUACAUGUGCUUCAAAUUCGAAGACUUCAAACAUGAACGUUGAAGGGGAAAGUACUGUUGACAAUGAUGGGUUAUCAGACCAGAGACUAUUUUCUUGUGUCACCUGUGGAAUUUUGAGCUUUGCUUGUGUUGCCAUAAUUCAGCCAAGGGAGCCGGCGGCCAGAUAUCUGAUGUCAGCUGACUGUAGCUUUUUUAACGAUUGGGUGGUAAAUGCUGGAGUAGCUAGUAACGUGUUCCCUGUUUCUAAUAGGUAUCAGACAGCUUCAAAAGAGAAUACCUAUACAGGAUGGACAGAUAAUAGUGAGCCUCUUGCUUUAUGCGAAAACCCUGGCCAAUCCGUUAAUUUCCAAGCUCAGAUGGCAGAUCAAAAGAACGAAAUAGUUUCAAACACCGAGACACAAAAAGCUCCUUCUGCACUUGGCUUAUUAGCUUUGAAUUAUGGAAAUUCGUCAGAUUCUGAGGAAGAUCAGGUCCAGGAAGAUGUUUCAGUUGAUGGAAAUGAAACUAAUGUAUCAAAUUGUUCUUUGGAAAGCAAAUAUCGUUGUGAGAGUUCCAGCCCCUCUCUCCGAAACUGCCAGGGUGAUACAGUUCAUGGUCGCUCUUUAGUAGAACUUGAUUCUGGGGAUGAUUUUGCUUCUCAAAAUGCUGAUUCUUAUAUGGAAAAUGGACAUAACAAAGAUAACACCAAGUAUGACAGUCAUCAAAAUUUUGACUGCCCUGUUAGUUUUCGAACUAAUAAUGCUGCUCCAGCACAAUCAAAUGGCUUGGUCCCAAAAUUUGGGGAUGGUAUGAAAGCUUCACGUACGUGUUCCCCGGAUACCUACGAUGCUGAAGCAACGAGAUUUUGUAAGGCCAUUGCACCAACAAAGAACGAAAACAUGCCAUUUGUUCCAAUAUGUGAUGAAGACUCUUGUAGAAUGCAUGUCUUCUGUCUGGAGCAUGCUGUAGAAGUAGAACAGCAACUUCGUCAAGUAGGAUGUGUCGACAUAGUACUCCUUUGUCAUCCAGACUAUCCAAAGAUAGAGACUGAAGCAAAGGCAAUGGCAGAAGAACUGGGAAUCAGUCAUCUCUGGAAUGAUAUUGAAUUCAGGGAUGCCACCAAAGAUGAUGAGAACAUGAUCCAGGCAACUCUGGAUAGUGAAGAAGCCAUCCCUAAGAAUGGGGACUGGGCUGUGAAGCUGGGAAUCAAUCUUUUUUAUAGUGCCAACCUCAGCCGCUCUCCUCUUUAUAGUAAGCAGAUGCCAUAUAAUUCUGUUAUAUAUGAUGCAUUUGGUCGCAGUUCUCCUGCUAGCUCAUCCGCAAGAUCUGAUGGAUUUGAAAGGAGACCUGCCAAGCAGAAAAAGGUGGUGGCAGGGAAAUGGUGUGGUAAAGUCUGGAUGUCAAGUCAGGUUCAUCCCUUUCUAGCAAAAAAGGAUCCUGAAGAGGAAGAACAAGAGAGAAGCUUCCAUACUUGGGCAACACCAGAUGAGAAGGUCGAGAGAAAAUACGAUGGCACACGCAAAAGUAGUAAUACUAUGAUUGCUAAAAAGUACGUCAGGAAGAGGAAAAUGACAGUAGAGAGCUCGUCAACCAAGAAAGCCAAACGUGUCAAGAGAGAAGAUGCAGUUUCAGAUAAUUCAAUGGAUGAUUCUCAUGAGCACCAUAGAAGGUCUCUCAGAAGCAAGCAAGCUGUAAGUAUUGGCGGUGGGUCAGCCAAGAAAGCUAAACACACUGAGAUAGAAGGUGCGGCCUCAGAUGAUUCGCUGCAUGAUAAUUCCCAUAGGCAGCAUAGGAGAACCUUUAAAAGCAAACAAGCCACGUAUGUUGAGAGCGAUGGCAUAGUUUCAGAUGAUUCAUUAGAAGUUGAUUUUCGUUACCAGCACAAAAAGAUUCUCAGAAGCAAGCCCUCUAAACAUGCAGGAAGAGAAGAUGUGGUUUCGGAUGAUUCCUUGGAUAGUGAUUCCCAUCAACUGCGUGGCAGGGUUUGUAGAAUUAAGCAAGCCAAACAUACUGAAGAAGAAGAUGUAGUUUCAGAUGACUCAUUGGAUAGUGAUUCACAGCUGCAUAGGAGUAUUCCUAGAAGCAAGCAAGCUAAGUACAAUGAGAGAGAAGAUUCAAGUUCAGAUUAUUUUCACAGGAAUAAUUUACAGAAGUUGCAUAGGAGAAUUUCUAAGAGCAAGCCAGCCAAGUCCAUCGGGAGAGAAGAUGAAGAUCUGGAUGAACCAUUGGAGGAUAAUGCUCGUAAAUCGGAUGAGAGGAUUCUCCGAAGCAAGCGAACAAAAUCAGCCUUGCAGCAGAAAAUGAAGCAAGAGACCCCUCAUCAUGUGAAGCAAUCAACUGCACGGCCUGUGAAACAAGAAAACCGGAAAUUGAAGCAGCAGACUCCACGCCUUCGAAAUAGUCAAUGUGAGCAGAACAUAUUAGGUUCAUGCGCUGAAGAAGAGCUAGAAGGUGGACCUAGUACUCGCCUGAGAAAAAGAAACCCUAAGCCCCAAAAGUUGACUGGAGCCAAACGGAAGGAGCAGCAACAGCCGAGCAGGAAAAAGGUGAAGAAUGCUGUAGUUGUGAAGGCUCAGGCUGGUCACAAUGAUGCAAAAUCAAAAGAUGAGGAAGGAGAAUACAUGUGUGACAUUGAGGGAUGCACCAUGAGUUUUUCGACGAAACAAGAGCUUGUCCUACAUAAAAAGAACAUUUGUCCCGUCAAGGGGUGUGGAAAGAAGUUCUUCUCGCAUAAAUAUCUGGUGCAGCAUCGCCGAGUCCACAUGGAUGACCGUCCUUUGAGGUGCCCAUGGAAGGGUUGCAAGAUGACAUUUAAGUGGGCAUGGGCUCGGACUGAACACAUACGGGUUCACACAGGUGCCCGUCCUUAUGUAUGUGCUGAGCCAGGCUGUGGGCAGACUUUCAGAUUUGUGUCGGAUUUCAGCCGCCACAAGCGGAAGACUGGCCAUUCGGUGAAGAAAGCAAGAUGAUUCUUGACAGCGGAAGAGCAGGUGUAAUGUAACUUUGGCUAAUGAAAUCUGUUGUUGAAUUGACAAG